UCUCUCUCUAACUACUCCCCUGGAAAAAAAAAAAAAAAAAAAACUACAUCUCUGUAUCUUGAUGAUCAAUCCAUGAGAAUUUUCCACCAAGAUCCGAUUUUGUUCGUCGAGGAUGUCCCAGGCGGAUGUCUCCUAUAGUUGCAGCUCCUGCGGAUAUCCGUUGAACUUGGUAUCCUCAAACCGAGUAACGCCUGAAGUAGGUCCCGAGUACCGAAAAUCUCUCAAGAAGGGCGAAAUUUCCUUUCUCUCUGUUGAUAUCAGCCGAUUCACCCAGGUCGACGAGGUCAAUUGCUUUCCCGUCACGUGGGGCCGUUCCCGUUUGAAAACCAAGCUUCUUUGCCGCAAAUGUGGGGCAUUUAUCGGGCGUGUUAACGGCGAACCGCCCGUUUUGUGUAGCUUCGACCCGUCUAGUUCGUCCUCAUCAACCCGCCAAAAGUACUCAAUAAAGAUCCGAGCUUUGCAACCGUCAGAAGAAAGUCAGUAGCUCGUUGGAGCUUUUACCUUUUU